AUCGCGUUUAUUCAGCAGAGAGAUGAAAAAGAUUAUAAUGCGGAGGGAUCAGACAUGUUUGGUUUCCCUCUCGCACUGCAGAUGGGCAGGGGAUGGAAUAAUUCUGUCUCCAGAGCAUGAAAAACUGGCAACCACGAGGCCUUAAGGCCACACACUGAACAAUGAGAAGAAACCAAACAAUUGAAGAGCAGCUUUCUCCAGCUGCUCCUCUCAUGCAAUUCGGGAUUUCUGGGCGAGGAGAGCGCAGAACUGGUGGUGGUCUUCACUCGACAAAACCAGAAAUGUCUCUCGCAAGCAGAAGAAACCUUUUGUUUGUGUUCUCCGGCAGGAAGCUCCAGCGAACAGCCCCGGGAGACAGCGGCACAGCUGGGCACCCAGUCCCCAGCGGCGCUGAGAGAACAAAGGCCAGUUUUUGGCCAGGAGGGUGCGAACAGCCGGCCUCGAAGCGGCCGCUCCGGGGAGCCGCUCGCCCCGCCCCGCCUCGGCGCUCGGCUGCUCCGGCCUGGCUGCGUGCGCUCGGCGCUCGGCCGGGGGCGGGGCGCGCCGCCUCACGCUCUGCGCGCCCCCGCCCGCCCGCCGCUUCCCCGCCGCGGCCCCGCGCCGCCCCCCCGCCAUGUCGCGGGGCUCCCGCGUGGCGCUGGCCGUCUCCGCGCUGCUCUCCGCCGCCGUCGUGGCGGCCGUGCACGUCCAGCAGCGCCGGGAGCUGCAGAGGCUGCGAAGUGGCGUUGUCAGAGAUCUUGAGCGUCAGAAUCAGAAAAAGGAGAACAUUCGCCUGUUAGAAGAGCAGAUUGCUCUGACAAAGCAGCUCAUGGAAGAGAGAGACAAGGCGCUAAUGGAAAGACGUUCUCAGCAGUCUUAG